UCCAUUUCAUUUCUUGAACUUCUUUGUGCAUUCGUCGGUUUGUCGUCCUUGCCGACUACUGUGUUCAGGGUUCGUAGACCUUCCGUUGAUGCUCGCCGGCUCAGCAGCAAGAGCAUUCCAGUAAGACUAACUUGAGUUCGAAUCUUCGCAUACUGAAGGGUUCCACGCCUGGUCUGCUCUGGCGUCAAAGAUGCGAAUGCUCCUGGAGGAAAGACUAUGUUAUGAUGGCGAUUUCGAGGAGAUCCCCACGAGCUGCUUUAAGGGCAUAGUUGAUAUUUUCCGGUACAAUAAAGCUGCCAGGAGCAUCAUUCUCCGAAGGAAGCAUCAAGGAGGAAGAUACUAUCCAAGCGAUGGAACUCCAGACACUAUUUCAAUCUGCUCGGGGACUGGUGAAGGGCCAGCAUUCAUGAGCUCCGAACUGGACCCUAUAGUGGUGCUAGAGAACCCGACAAAGGCUAUUCCCCUCACUGAAACUUCUGUUCCGGCACUCGUAAGUUUUCGGGGUAAAGAAAUGAAGUGCGGAAAGAACCAGAAAGAUGUUGAAUGUUUUGGUGAUCCGAUCAUUAUCUUUCCUGAAAGAGACGGCACAACAGAGAACAAGUUGCGGGAUCCGAACUCAUUCAAGGCCCCUGAUGAGAUAGGCGGGGACAACACAACAUGUCAAGUUUGCGGUUUCACAAAUCCGGUGGAUAAGAAGUCGGAGAAUGAGAAGUUACACGAUGCAGAAACUAAAAAGCCAGCGCUUCAGAUUCUACAAGAUCCGGCCGAGUCUUUGAUUACAAAGGCCAAAUUUGCUAAAUCUGUGACCUUUCCAGCGGUCGACACUACAAACACCAGUUGUUACCGGCUUCCCACACGUAAACACAAAGAAAGUGAGUCUUGGUCCUUCUCCAAUACCGUAAAAAGGCUCGUGGAAGAAUCUGUUCCAGCUUCUUCCCAUUCGCUUGAAAAUGAUACAAAGCCAGACGCGGUUGACAAAACUAGCAACGCUGUGACAGGUUUGGUGCAGAAGUUAGAUCUUUGGGGAUGGAACCGAUUGAUCGUAAAGCGGUUUAACUUUAUUAAGCAAAGGCUGAAGCGUGCACUCUCUCCGAGGGACACCAGACCACGGGCGGCAUCAAAGGACCUGAGUAUUGCGAGAGCUGAUUUCCAGGAGGACAGUGACCAGGAUCAUGAAGGAAGUUCUAAUAGGAAGGGGAUCGAAUCUUAUGCAGAUUAUCGAGGAAGAGAUGUUAGGCUUGGACAAAGGUCGAGAACAUCCUCUUUGAAUGAGUCACUCAAAAAAUAUGCUCGGCUCUUCGGGAAUGGUCUCAACACAGAUGCUAAACUGGAAUAUUCAAGGAGCCUUACAUUGAGAAACGAAGAAGGCGUAUUUUGCUCUAGUUGGCACGGGAAAAAAAUCUUCAGGAGGCGGCUCUCUCUGCCUGAUCUUGACUCAUUUGAUUACCUCUUGGGUGAGUUGGAUCAUUCAAGUGCAGAUACUGAGAGCCACAGUCCUAAUAAAUCUAAUCCGAGGUGCGAUGUUGGUGAAGUGGAUGAAAACAAAGGAUCGGAUGCCGUUGAAAGAGCUGAAGGAACUACAACUCCUUUUGUUAAUUCUCCCGAAGAUUCAGCUAACUUAACGAUGAAGAGAGACAUUCCAGAGAAUGAAGCAGAGAGCACCUCCGGUUCAGAAGUUAACAUCGCGCUCAAACAAGAAACCAGAUGUUCUAGUAUCGAGCCAGCUAUGUUGGAUUGGGAUGCAGGAUCCACAUAUUCCCCGCACUCGGGAGGUGCGGGGUUUAAUUUGCAUGACAAUAUUAGCUCGACCGAGAACGUUAGAAUCCCGAAUGUUGAUGAUGAUGCAGAGAACGUCAUUCGGAGUUACUACAGGUUAGAUAAAAAGGCAGAAGCAAACUUCAACUUCGUGAGAGACUUGCUGGAGCUAUCAGGCUUGUUCGACGUAGAGGGCAAAUCCCCCACAUGGUUUGCAACUAAUUAUCAUCAGCUGAGUCCGUCCUUAUUGAAGGACUUGGACAUUCUUCCACUCUACGACCUUGACUUAUGCAAUCGGAAACUUCUCUUCGAUUUAGUCAAGGAGUCACUUGUAGAGAUUCGCAGGAGAUCAUCUAUUUGCAUCCCAAGGGCCUCUCCAAAAGAAAAAUAUAGGAUUCUUGAGGAAGUUUGGAAGAGAGUAUACUGGUAUCAGAGACUAAGCUCGGGUAUGAACCGAUCAUUGAACGAUGUAGUAGCACAAGAUAUGAAGAGGGGAUCGGACAUUUGGAUGAAUGUUACGGUUGAUAGCAAAUAUGUGGGCUUGGAGCUUGAGGAUUUGAUCUUCGAUGAGUUACUGGAUGAAGUUUUCGACUAGUUGUUUGGAGAAUAGCCAAUUUAAAGAUCUUGAUGUCCUGUAUGUGUGCGUAUAUAUAUAUGCAACUCACAAUUUGGUUGACCAAA